GAAGAAGUGUAAUUAUAGAAUCAUACACUGAGCUCUUUUAGAUUUCAAUGUCAAGAAGAAGAAGCAAUCGUGUUAAAAAAAUCAAAGCCGUCACUGCUCCUGCACCUAUUACAAUAAUUGAUGAUUGUGUGGAAGAUGAAUAUGAAAUCCACAGGUCGUGUUGGAAGCAUACGGCUGCUUUCAAUACACGCGAUUCAAAACCGAAACCAACCGAGGAGGAGCUUGAGAUGUUCAAAUUGACCGCACCUUGUUUCUAUGAGGAAUGUACACGCCGUGAAAGAUCAGCAAGAAGAAUCAAGUGCAAGUAUUUAGUCUCCAAGCUCCGGAAAAAACUUAAUUCCAACACAUUUAUAGCUUACCUAGAGGUAUUAUGGAAGGGCUUGCCGGAUGAGAAAAGGAACUCUUCUGUGUACUUAGAUUGUCUAUGGUUUAGUAUGUACAAAAGCGAAAGAACUAGAAGCAGUGUUUUCGAAUCCAUAAAGACAAAGCAGAUCUUCUCAAAGAAAUAUGUGUUUCUUCCUAUCGUCUACUGGAGCCAUUGGACUUUGUUGAUCUUUUGCAACUUUGGGGAGAAUCUUGGUGAAGAGAACAGUAAAACAUGCAUGUUGUUUCUUGAUUCAUUAGAAACAACUGACACUUGGCAGCGGCUUGAACCAGAUAUAAGAAAGUUUGUGUUGGACAUAUUCAGGAUCGAGGGUAGAACUGAGAAACCGAGCUUGGUUGAUGAGAUCCCGCUCUAUGUACCAGAUGUUCCACAGCAGACAAAUGAUGUGGAAUGUGGAAGCUUUGUCCUCUACUACAUUCAUCGGUUUAUAAAAGAUGCCCCUGACAGCUUCAGCACCGAUGGUUACCCAUAUUUCAUGAAAGUGGACUGGUUUAGCCAUGGAGACUUGGAAGGGUUCUGCAACGAGCUUGAUUCUUCGGGAACCGUUCGUUGACCAAAGUUUAUAACUUUUUAACGGCUUUUUAACUUAGGAAGAUUCAAAAGGGUAAAAAAAGAUUCUGUAAGAAGUUACCCGUUGGUAUGUAAUCUCAAACUUCAUCAGGAGGAAUCUUAGGAACCCAUUGUGGAUAAUAUUUAACACUUUUUGGAAGUAGAAAGUAUUCUGUAAUCGUAUCUGCAGAGGACUUAGUUGUAAGCUGCUGAAA